GCUGAAUGAAUGUCAAGGGCCCCAUUCCAGGAUUAGCCGUUGGAAACCAGUCAAUAAAGAAGAAAUGUCAAUAUUUUUAGGAAUGACAUUUUAUAUGGGUAUACUCCAACUACCAAGAUUUAGGGACUAUUGGCGUACCGACCGUUUAUACAACUUUAGGAUCAGGAAGUUCAUGAGCAGAGACAGAUAUCUAAUUAUAUUGCGAUGUCUUCAUUUUGCCGAGAACCCUCGAGCUGGGGGAGCAGCUCCAAGUGAUAGAUUAUACAAGGUUCGCCCUUUGCUGGAUUUCUUCAACAAGAAAAUGUCGAUAAUUUAUUCGCCAGGAAAAACCUGUCUAUCGACGAAUCCAUGCUUCUUUGGCGCGGGCUUCUGUUUCGUCAAUAUAUAAAAAACAAAAAGCACAAGUAUGGCAUAAAGUUUUACCUACUUACCGAAUGUGACGGAACUAUUUUAAAAAUACAGAUUUAUUGUGGUGUUUUUGACGAUUUAGGUGGUAAAGGACACGCUGCAAAUGUUGUUCUCAAUCUGUUGGAUAAUUACUGUAAUAAUGGAUAUAGUGUGUACAUGGAUAAUUUCUAUAACUCUGUAUCGCUUGCACGUCAGUUACUGGAAAAUAAGAUCUUUUGUACGGGAACGUUGCGCGCUGGAAGAAAGGAUACCCCCAAGGAAAUAUUCCAGAUAGCGCAAUUCAGAACCAGACCAGUGGGAAGGAACCAUCAACUCAACAUCUUCCAUCAAAAUGUGAAGCAAGGAGUGAAAAUAAUAGAAGACAGCGGAAGAGGUGUCGCUGCUGUUCCAAACGUGGUGUUCGCAAAGAUGCCAUGUACUUUUGUAAAUCGUGUCCAGAUUUACCAGGACUAUGUCUAGAACCUUGUUUCAAGGAAUUCCACGAAAAUCUAAAAUAAAAU